UCCAGCCAGAGCUCAGAGCUGGUGGAGAAGCCUCAUGGCAGGGAGAAGCCACACAAGUGCUUGGAAUGUGGGAAGCAUUUCAGGUGGAGCUCCACUCUGAGGCAGCACCAGGUGAUCCACACUGGGGAGAGACCCUUUGAGUGUGAGGAGUGUGGGAAGAGUUUCAGCCAGAACUCGAUUCUGAUCCAACACCAGAGGAUCCACACUGGGGAAAAGCCCUUUGAGUGCGGGGAAUGUGGGAAGAGCUUCAGCCAGAGGGGCCACCUGAUAUGACACCAGGUGAUCCACACUGGGGAAAAGCCCUUUGAGUGUGGGCAAUGUGGGAUGAGCUUCAGCCAGAAGGGCUACCUGAUGCAACACCAGAAGAUCCACUCUGGGGAAAAGCCCUACAAGUGUGGGGAAUGUGGGAAGUGCUUCAGAGGAAGCUCAGCCCUGAUUCAGCACCAGGUGAUCCACACAGGGGAACGACCCUACACCUGCUUGGAAUGUGGGAAGAGCUAUGGGUGGCACUCUGACCUGAGAAAACACCAGCAUGUUCAUACUGGGGAGAGGCCCUACGAGUGUCCCAAGUGUAGGAAGUGGUUUCUGAGCAGCUCCAAUCUCAUCAUCAUGAGUCGAGGGGUCAGCUGGAAAUCUAUUUGCAAUAAUUGAAAAGUGUGGAUGAGUUGAGGGGCCAGCUGGGAAUAUAAUUGAGAUAGUAGAAGAUGACAUAUUUUAGUUAAGCUUUUAAAAUUAGUUAAGAAGCUAAGUUAGCUAGCAAAAAUCACAUACCUUAGUGAAAGAGUAACAAAUAUAUUAGAAAAGUAAAGCUAGGAGUGACAGGGAUAGAUGUAGCAAUUCUGCAGAAACAGAGACCAUAGAAAUACCUUGCCUUAAGAAUAAUUGAACAGUUAGGAGAGGCUUGGACUGUGACCAGCAGAUCAAAACUGCAAAUUGGCCAUGGGUGAAGAGUUUACCAUGAGGCAGACAGCUUUCUUCCUCCCAUAUGCCCACUCCCUUAUUUCAAAAUCCCACUGACCCAAAUAAGGGAGUGCAAUUGCGCAGCCAUAUUAGGUAUUCAGCUGAUUAUAAUACAAAGUGGGCAGGUAAUGAUUCUGUAUUCUGCCUCCUUAGAAACCACUUGGAUAUGUAAAACCUUUUCUGUAUAAAUAGAGAGCAGGAGUCUGCCACUCCUUGCACAUGCUUUUGGAAAUGAUUCCUCAUGUGUCCAGUGCUGAAAUAAAACAGCCUUCUUUUGAACUUUAA